GACAUCUACGCAGAGCAACUCAUCUCGUUGCGCUAUGGCUACCCCCUUUGGUACCCCGACCCCUCCCCUGGACGAGCCCCCGUCCAGCUCGGUGACGUAGGAUGGGUGAAGGAAGGCAAGUUUCUCACCCUGUUCAACGCUUUACGGGAGGCGCACGAUGCCCAGCCGAUGGGCGCAGUCCCCACUGAUUUUGUCCCCCUGAACCCGCCCGGGGGUGUGCAAAUCGAAGGACCGCGCGAAAGAAUCGGGCAGAAGGUGCUAUCCAGCGAAACCGUACGCUGCAACAACAUCUCCGGCGUUUCCGGAGGCGUCGACGUCACGUUCAACUGCUUUGGAAACUCCGGCGCGCUGCUCGUACUCAAUCCGUGUGGGAUGGGCCACGAAAUUCUCUCGGACAGGACCGUCAUGAACUACAUAGACGUGAACUUCGACAGCUGGCUCCACUUCGCCAACCAUACCAUGGGGCUCGACCUCCGCGAGGACGACAUCCGGUUCGUGACCGGGACGACGAUGACCUCCCAAUGGGCUCUCGCCGCGUUCCGUGGCAGCUACAAGCACAAGCAGGGUGCGUUCACCGGCAACCUCGCGGGCGUCGGCGCGGCGAGCUUCUCGAUGUCGAUCUCGGACCAAGCCCUUCCCGUGAGCCAUUACCGGGCGGGGCCUCCGGAGCCAGAGUUGGAGCAUGCAUACUUUCCGGGCUUGCACCACACAGCUCCUGCCAUCACGUCGUCCGAGCCGUCCUCCCCGCGUACACAGGCGCGUUACGACCAGUGCAUCUUCUUCAACUUCUUUAAACGCAAGUCACGGAUU